UAGCCAUAUUAACCGAUCCUAUCAGAGAUAGGUUGGAAGAAAUUCUCCGGUUGUUCGUUGGAAACGUACAAAAACCAGGUGGAGAUUCCUAGGGAGAUGGCAACCUUGGGCCUUGGGAUUUUUUGCCCAUGUUCUCUAUGCUUAUAUGUUCUCCUUGUGGCACUUGCAGACUGGGGUAGUCAUCUUCGGUCUACUAGGCGUUAUUGUCUACUCCUGCCGCUCUCGUACACUUAGUUCCCCUGUACUACCCUUACCCCCCGGGCCAUCAGAACCUCCUGUCGGACAUUAUUCACCCAGGAAGAUUGCUCAGUGGAUAGACGAAUAUGGACCAAUCAUUUCUUUCCAGAAUGGAAAAAAUGUACUAGUCAUCGUCAGACGUUAUCAGGAAGCGAUUGACAUCAUGGAGCAGCAGGGCGCAUUCCUCGCAGACUGUCUCACCACUCCGCAGCCUGAUCGUCAACUUGCAGCGCUGACACGCACCUUCCUUGAACAACUCACAAUUUUCGUUCUCAUUCACCCAUGCAUCAGAUACAGAAUGGAACGUGCUCCCACAGGACGUAGCUUCUGCAGACAUUUCAAUAACUCCUAAUGGCAGCUUCGUCGAGACCCGGCGUGGAAGGACCCGGGCCUGCGAGUCCAACUAUCACAAUUCACGAUUAGUACAAUCUUCGUUACAGCAAGUCAAAACCACUCGUCAUCGGAGCUACUACUCUCUUGCUCCGUAUAUCAUCUGCCCGUGCUUAUUCCGCGCAGGCUUUAAUAGCCAUUUACCACACGAUGGUUUGCACCUGCACAUAGUCACCAGCAGGUCAAGGACUUCUCGAUUGCGACAUGACUGGUUGAAGGCACGACGUCAAUGGUG